AUGGGAUCAACAACACCAAUCACAAACGAAAGACCAGAAGGAGAGAUAUCAAAACCAUGGAUUAGAACUCCCUUGGUACGAUCAGCUGCUUUGUCAAGGAUUGCCGGAUGUAAUGUUUGGCUUAAACUUGAGAAUUUACAACCCUCCGGCUCCUUCAAAUCCCGAGGCAUAGGGAACCUACUCCUCCGCUCCCUCCCCACAGAUCCCCGCACCCAAGUCCACUUCUACUGUUCCUCCGGCGGCAACGCCGGCCUCGCCUGCGCACACGCUGCAUUCUCCCUCCAACGCCCCUGCACCAUCGUCGUCCCUAUCACCACCCCACCAAACAUGAUCUCCAAAAUCCGACUCCUCAACGCAGAAGUCAUCCAAACCGGCAAACACUGGAGCGAAGCCGAUCGCUAUCUUCGCGAGGAAUUACUCGCCCAUGAUACAAAUGGUGUAUACGUGCCACCAUUUGACCACCCGGAUAUCUGGGAGGGGAAUAGUGGGGUUAUGGAAGAGAUUGAGGAGGAAGUGCGGGAAUUAGGUAUUGGUAGUUUGGACGCGGUGGUUUGUAGUGUAGGGGGUGGAGGGUUGUUUAAUGGGAUCAUGAGGAGUUUAGAGCGGAAUGCGAGGUUAGGAGUUCAUAGCCCGACAAAGGUUCUUGGUGUGGAAACGGAGGGCACGGCGAGUUUUCACGAGGCGUUGAAGAAGGGGGAGUUGGUGAGGUUGGAUGGUAUCGAUAGUAUUGCUACGUCGUUGGGUGCUACACAAAUAGCGGCGAAAUCGCUAGAGUGGGGUUUGAAAUAUAAGGAGAAUGUGAGGAGUGUGGUUUUAAGCGACGCCGAGAGUGUGAGUGGUAUGGUGUGGAUGGCGGACGAGGAGAGAAUUUUGGUUGAAAGCGCAUGCGGCGUAAGUGUCGCAGUGGCUAUUAAUGGCGUAUUAAAAGAAAUAUUAGAGGAAGAUGGGGAAAAUGUCGAGAGGAAAAAUGCAGUGAUAGUGGUUUGUGGAGGAAGUAAUAUUUCAUUAAAGACAUUGGCGGAAUACAGAGAGAGAUUUGGCGUUUGA